AAUAAUUAUAGAAAUUACAAUGAUGAUGUUAUUCUAGAUAACACAUUUAUAUCAUUGAUACCAUCAAUUACAAAUGAUAGUAGAUACAAUGAAUAUUAUUCAAAAAUUUGUGAUAAAUUAAUAUUAAAAACUGGGAAUUUUUUUUUAACUUCAAACAAUCUAAAUAUUAUAUCUGGCUUACCCACACCAGCAAAGAAUAAUCAGCCACUGGCACCAAAAGAAAUCAUACCACAUGCACUUUACCCCUCAGAUUUAACACCUAUAUUCCCAGCUGGAGAUAAUAAUUUCACUACAGCACAAGCAAUACAUUUGAUGGAGCUUAUCCUUGAAACAAGUAUUUGGGAGAUUAAUAAUAUAAUGUGGCAUGACGAUUCCCUAAAACUUAUCAGCUUAAAAACAAUAUUUUACAAAAUAUCUAACCUGAUUUAUCCACGCAUAUUUCCCAUGAGUCCACCGAAAUACAAUAUUGAUCUCUAUUCUCUAGACUACAAUCCACUUUUAAUUUUGGCCAAUAACGAGCUUACACUUCCUAGCCUUAGCCAUAAAAAGUCCCCCUCAAACCUAUCUACCGAAUAUCAAAGAUGUUUUUUAACAUGGCUCCUAAAAUAUUGCCGCUCCCCCAUUAAAGAACUCACUACUCACAUGAUGGAACAUCAACAUCAAGUCCACAGACAUAACCCGUCUAAAAUAUAUUUGGCCAACAACCAAUCUCACACUUUGUCUGAUAAUAAAAAUUAUAUUCCUCCCAAAACAAUGGAUCAUGAUAGUACUAGCCCGUCUGUGAAAAGCAGUAGUAUACCCUCAGCAUUUGAGAACGAAUCUUUUUACUCCGGAGAUAGUGCGAAUACCAGUACAACUCUAGGCUCUUCCGGAAAUCGUUUGGGUGAAAACACGGAACUCAACAAUAAGAUUAUAACUAUACACAUAUUCAGAGAUUUUUUGUUGAGUUCUGAUCGCCAAAAUAUCAACUUCAUACUCAACGCUAUUCGUUUGGGUUUAAGGAUGCCAACGAUAACUUACAACGUGAAAGAGCAAAUGGUGCAACUCAUUCGUUCCUGGCUAUUGGCUGAGGCAAUACCAAAUCGUUCGCGAGUUCAUAAGGAUGCUGAAUAUAGACCCUUGUUCAUGCAAGAAGAACCAGAAAUUAAUAGCAGACAAAACCCGCGGCAAAUCGAAGCAGGCUUUCAAAAGUGUGUUAGGGUGUUAUUGUGCGUCAUAGGCCAGGUAUUUCUCAUAGUACCCUCGCCGGUCCCGGACGUGACAUUGCAAUCGAUCAACAUUAAGAACAGGAUGGGAAAACCUGCGCUCACUCUCGACGAUCAAUAUGAAAUUAGCAAAAAGGUUCUCAAUCUUUUCCGACAAGUCGUAAUGGCUACCCCUUUAAACGAAAAAUCAUGGAAAUGUAUAAUCACGGCCCUGGUUAGCAUAAUAAGAAUACUAAAUAGCAAUGAUAAACCAGAUCAAGGUGGCGAUGAAAAAAAAUCAAAGUACCUCCUCAAAUAUGGCAACAAUAAACUCCUGGGAGCCUUUAUUCAGACCCUGAUGGUAACCUUUAUCAAAGCAUGUCUAAACAUUUAUGUCCCGUUAGAAAUGUGGGUGGAUCUAUCUACUACACUUGUUUCACUGAUCGGAUACGACGAACUAUUUAUUGAGUGGACGAAAACUAUGGACACCUUAUUUAAAAUAUACGCUAAACACGUGUUCGAUUUAGAUUUAUCUAAUUUACCUUCCGACCGCCUAACGGAACAGAAGGCCAAAAAAAGGCGCGGGCAAUUGCAAAACAAUGCCGUUCAUAAUCUAUCUCCUCAUGAAGAUUCAUCACAACGCACAAAUACGGAUAAUGGCGUUCAGCUCCGCACAAAAAAUAGCCGCAAAACUCCCUUUCCACCUACCACUCGAAAUAAAUUUGAUCUUAGAUCAUCGAACGUUCCUUCUAGCUUAGUAAAUAAUUUCCAGAACAACAAGGCGUCUUUCGAUUCUCAUAACAAUUUUAAGAACUAUCAUUCCCCAUUAAUCACCGCGAAUCCUAACUUUAGCGAUGCCAAAAGACCCCUUUCCAUUAAUAUACCUUCCACGCACGAAAAUAUUUUUAAAAAUGAAUAUAUUGUUAGUAAUCAUGGCGUCGAAUCUAAUGACAAGGAAGUUAUUAAAAUCCGAACCCUCAGUUACUCCGAGAGGGAUCGUGAUAUUAAUCCCAAAAAUGGCGAAAUCAAUACAGAAAAGGGCACAAAUUUAAAGGAUACAACUUGUUUAACGCAACCGGAAGGGAACGGGAAAUUUAAGGAUGUAGUUCUUAUGACGGAUGACGAAGAUGAGAUAAUCGAUCAUAACAAAGGUCAAUCCAACAACCUUCUAAAUAACGCAGUUAACCGCUUACCGUCCCAUCUCUUUAGCUUGGAAGACCGUGAAACAAUCAAAAAAAUCGAUGCUCCUCAAAGCCGCCCUGAAUCGUUUAAGGAAGAAAUACAAAUGGAAAAAGAUUCAACUUCCCUUGUUUUGUCUUCCGUUAAAUCGUUCAAUUCUAUGCCUAGCGAUGAAUCCAGUAGAACUUCCAACUCAAAAUUCGCAAACGAAAUCGUGGCAAAUAGUUUAAUGAACGGUAACGAAGAAAAUUUGAUAGCCGCGGAUUCGAGAAACGGGUCAUCUUUUGAGGUCAAGCAACAACUGCCGAAUAGGAAGGGAGAAUCGUUGCCAUCAAAUUACCCCGAACAUUUAUACGAAAACAUUGAUAUCAUUUCUCAUCUAAAUGGAAUGGGUGACCAAGCGCCCAUCAAUGAUUUUAAAAAUUUGAUCCUUGACGAAAACGAAAUUAUCACCACGAGGAUGAAUGAUUCGAAAUGUUUACCCGUUAUGUUGGGUGGUGUGGUCACCGGCUGGAACGCUAUAUCCGCCACUCUAUUGUGGAAAAGGAUGUUAGGAAUAUUGGGAAAUGUCAACACGUUGGGAGAUCAAAAGAUUAAGCUACGUUUUGCUAAUUACUUAUCCGAACUCUAUGAUAGGCUAUUAAAAAUCAGAGACAAUCAACAUAUUAUUCAUUCCGAAAAGCUUAGACCUGCCAAAACAUAUGGCCAAGAUGAAAUUGACAGUCCAAACAAAGAAAAUUACGACAACGAUUCAUAUCUAACGCUUAAUCCGCCAUUGAUUCAAUUUUUCCCAUGGGCUUUUCAGGCAUGCUCCGAUGUGCUCAUUUUAGUUCGCAAAAUGGAUUCCCAGAAAGAAGAUUUUAUUGAAAUUGAUUCCCCUUCUUUUUCGGCCUAUUUCGUGUCCGCAUUUACUUUCCUCUUCAAAAUAAUGUUUAGAAGGCACGAAACCAUUCCUCCACUCGAUAUGCUGACGAGAUUUUAUUUCAUAAUCAGCACUGGCCUUCAUCCUUUGACAGAACUGAAUACUACACUCUCUAUUCCUCCUACAAAUAUUGGUCCACGACUAAAGUAUUCCUUCGUGUUGGCGUCGACUUUGAUGCAACAAUAUUCCAAACGCAUUUAUUCUCAUUAUUUACCAGGGUCCACUUACCUCCUAUACCCUACCUUGAUUCAUUCCGCCACUGCCUUAAUUUUUUCGCAAAAUGAUCUAUACACUAACCGCGAUCUUUCCUUCUCGGAAGCUUUGAAUGAUCGAGCUAAAAGAGAAGCCUUGACAUUUUUGGGGACCAUCAGAAUUUUGUGCCUUCCUCUUAAACGGAACCAAGAAAAUUUACAACUGAUCGUUAUCAAACAUAUUUUCGAAGUGUUGAAAAAUCCGUACAUCAAGGAUACCCAAAUAAAGGUUCUUUCGAUGAAGAUAUUAACAAACUUUCUAUUCCAUCGUUAUUAUUGCAUUUUUACGAUCGAUAAAAACCUACUUAACGAUAACGACUAUAAAACCGUGGUCCAAGAAAUAUUAAUCGUGCUAUUGGAAAGUUUGAAGCACGAUAACAUAAAUAUAAAGUUAAUGGCUUGCGAAAAUUUACGCUCUUUGUCCGAGAUAUUUUAUCAUUUCGGUGGACAACUUAUUCCUAAAGACGGCCGAUCAUUUUUAUUCAAGUCCUUCUUAACCGACUCAUUACCCGAUUUCAUUAUCAACGAGAUAAGCUUAUCCAUCGAAAGAGAAGUCACGAGUCUGAAGGAUUUGAAAUCAAACUCCACGAGUUAUGACCAAGUACAACACUUGGUCCAAUCUCUAAUAUUUUGCCUAGUCGAAUAUGCCUUUUCUCUAUACCCUUCUAGAUGUAAAAUCCCCAGUAGAAUUUCAAACGAUUAUUGUAAUGGUAACGAAUUUAUGCCUUUGAUAAGCUCAAGCCGAAGGUCAUUGCCUGGUACCGAAGAAAUUGUACAAGAUCAAUUACCAGUUUUUGAUGAUGUCAGUCGGGAUUUGAUCGGUGUUGUUUUGGAGACUUUAGACAAGGUUUCCAAGGAUUUUGGACCUAAUUCUUCAUCGAUUGAGCCAAAGCUAAAGGAUUCUAACGAAACCAUUAGCAAUACUUCAAAUUCGAAUAGCGAAAUCCCAAGCGAUCCAGGCCAUGAUGUUCUGAAUUCAAAAAAUGACGAUCCCGACUCUAAGGCACCUCAAACUUCGAACAUAAUGCAAAUGGGCAAAUAUUUUUCCAAACAUCUGGUUCAUCAUCUUUGCCACUUCCCUCUUUAUAACGACGGGUAUUAUAAGCUCGAUUCAUGUAUAGAUGAAAUGAUGUCCCUUAACGUGGACGGUGAAAACUAUCGGAAGAAUCAAAUCCAAACCAAUGAAAAUGAAUGGGCUAAUAUGACGGACGUUUGUAAUUCUCCCAGUGUUCAGUUUUAUAUCUUAAACGAAACGUGUCUGCUAUCGAUGUGCGAACUGAAUACCGCGAUCGGUAAAGAGCGCGCUUAUCACCACAUACCCGAUAUACGUUUGAUAGUGAGGGACGAGUGCGGCAAAUAUGUUUGGCAUCUUGAUAAUCUUAAAUACGAUUUUUUUAAUCAACAAUUCUUGGAAGACGCGUCUAAAUACAUGGACAUAGGACUUGAUUCUUCCGCCACCUUCGAAGAUCAUUCGAUAUCUUAUAGUAAGAUAACUGAAGAAUCCGUCGAUAAAAGUGAUACUGUUACCCUUUCAAUAUCUCCCAACCUUAAAAUUUCUUCUUCCGGUUUAACUGAUGAAAGAAUUCCAGCAUCGGCAACAACUGGUCACGAUCUAUUAAAAAAGGUGCUUGAUAUUAUAUCGGCUAACGAACUCCCCAAUAGAAUGCAUAAUUAUCCUAGCAAUAUCGAUAAUCACGGGAUCGAAUAUCUCGGCAAAAAUCAAUCCAAAUAUAUUCAUUUGACUCAGUUGGCCAAGGAAUCAAGACCUCACUCAGAAUACGGCAAUAAUUUUGAAAGCAAACCAUCUUUGUGCUCUAAAUAUAAAGAAUUAACUAUACCAUUAACAACCACCGACUCUGAUAAUAAUAGUGCCACUCUACCGAAAUCCCAAAGCUUCAAUUACCCCGCGAAAGAUAGAUUGGCAAGGAAUUCUUGGUCGAGCGCCGACAAAAAUAAUUUACGAAAUUCGUCUCGAAAGUUAAUCGAUAUUUCAAAACAAAGAUCUCGUUCCCCUACUAUGCUUUUGUAUAAUUGCCGCCAAUUUUUUCGCCACAAUGAACUAUUCAACAUAAGAAAUCGAUCUGGCUUAAAUUUAAUACGCAAAAAUGGACAGUUUAUCAGGCAGCUUAAACAUCUAGAUUCCUUGAAUUGUCGAGAAACGUACAAAAUAGCUGUCAUUUACGUGGCGCACGGUCAAGAAGACAAAGCGUCCAUUCUAUCGAAUACGCGCGGUAGUAAAUCGUACGAAUAUUUUCUUUCUGGUCUCGGAAUGACUAUCGAUGUUAAUGAACAUAAAGGAUUCAAUGGUGGUUUAAUAUCGUCAGCAACAAAUAACCCUGUAUCUACGAAACAACCUUUGCAUGGCAUAUAUUACGCUACGCCUUUGACUGAGAUCAUAUAUCACGUGGCCACUAGAUUGAAUAGCGUUGAUAAAGAUGAAGAAAACAUUCAUUUUAAGAUGAAACACAUAGGGAACGACGAGAUUCACGUAGUAUGGUCCGAUCAUUUUAGGGAUUACCGAAAAUCCAUCAUUCCUACAGAGUUUUGCGAUAUUCUCAUAAUUAUAUACCCCGUGGUGGAAUACAAUCUUUUUUCGAUUAGGAUUAUUAAUAAUAGAAUUCGUGACAAGGAACAACUAAAUUUUGGUCCAUUGUUUGAUGGUGCUAUCGUCGACGAAAGCUGUUUAGCCCCUCUAGUUAGACAAACAGCUCUCAACGCUAAUCGAUAUAUCAAAUCCCAAAAUAAAUCGUUUCAGCACAAUUUCGUGGCCAGAUCUAAUUGUCUCAACAACAUCAUUUCUCACCAUAAAUUGCCAUCCUCUUUCGAAAAUUUAGUAUUUUCGUCAUUUUAUUCUCAAAAUCAGAGCAAGGAAGAAACAAAAAUCAAAACUCAAUUAUUGGAUGAAAUUUAGAUAAACAAGCGCUUAUUUUUCUAGUUAAUCAAAAAUAUAAUAAUAUUUUUAAGCACCUAUAAAUAAGAGAUAGUAGCACCACUGAAUUCAUUAUAUAAUUAUGACAUCUUUUUUUGUAUUUCUUAAAUGUUUAAUCAAAUGCAAAAGUAUUAAUAUAAAUUAUUAUUGCACCAACAAAAAAAAUCUUAUAAACGGCUAUCAUGGACUAUAUAUUUUUUUAAAAUUAUAUUAAAUUAAUAUAUAUAUAUUUAUUAUAUCUCACAUCUGUAUAAUUAUUUAUAAUAAAAUAAAAUUUAUGGUUAUAUAAUCUAG